AUGGGAAAAGGGACGGAUAAGUUGUACAUCACGCACAGCGAGUGGUCUUCUGAAGACGCAUUCUCUGCCAGCGCAGGUUCAAAUGCACGCCGUACGACUGGCCCGGGAGCCAAUUUCAAGCGUCUCCCCUUCAAUUAUUGUGCAAUUUCUCUACAGCCCUUCUCACACCCGGUCUGCACAUCGUCAGGGACUAUAUUCGACCUGACCAAUAUAAUACCAUGGAUCAAAAAGCACGGCACAAAUCCAGUCAAUGGAGAGGCAAUUAAGAGCUCUGAUCUUAUUAAAUUGAACUUCGCGAAGAACGAUGAAAAUGAAUACGUGGAUCCUGUCACGUACAAGGUUUUUACGGACAAUACGCACCUCGUCGCGCUACGCAAUACCGGCAAUGUCUUCGCAUACGACACAGUCGAAAGAUUGAACAUAAAAGCAAAGAAUUGGCGCGACUUGGUCUCGGAUACGGAGUUCAAAAGGUCCGACAUCAUCACGUUACAGGAUCCACAGAAUGUGGACUCGCGGAAUCUCAGUGCUUUCAAGCAUCUUUCAGACGAGAGGUCUUCGACUGGCGCUGGCCGAGAAGGAUCAGGCGGGGUCUCAAAUCACGAUGCCGAUACCGCACCGUCAGGGAAGGUUCUCAAGGCUAAAGAGGCAGUUGCAAGAGCCCGCGCGCAGCGAGAGCAGGGCGGCGCAUCCUCUGUCGAAACUGCUGCUCUGGCAAAUGCCCGAAUAGCGCACGCAGAAAUGACGAAGUCAAGAAACGCUGCGAAAGCCGUACCACACAACGCGGCACAGUACACUAGCGGACAAGCGGCUGCAUCAUUCACGAGUACUGGUCUUACACCAUCGACCUCUACACAGCGUGUGGUGAUGAGCGACGAAGAGUACCUGCUCAAGCCUAGACGGGUUAAGACCAAAGGCUACGUCAAUAUCACCACCAAUCUUGGAUCUAUGAACAUCGAGCUGUACCCAGAGUAUGCGCCAAAAGCAGUAUGGAACUUCAUUCAGCUUGCAAAGCGCGGAUACUACGACGGCGUGACUUUCCAUCGCAACCUCAAGAACUUCAUGAUACAAGGCGGCGAUCCUACAGGCACUGGGAGAGGCGGACAGUCAUGCUGGGGCAAGACUUUCGUAGAUGAAAUGGAAGGGCCGCUUGUACACGACGCUCGUGGUGUCCUUUCGAUGGCCAACAAAGGCAAGGACACCAACACGAGCCAAUUCUUUAUUCUAUAUCGAGCAUCUCCACAUCUCAAUCGCAAGCAUACCAUAUUCGGCAGAGUAGUCGAAGGCUUGCCAACCCUAGACCGCCUGGAAAAGGUGUCUGUUGAUGACAAAGGCAAACCCGAAGGGCCAUGCAGGAUCGAGUCUAUGGCAGUGUUGAUCGACCCAUUUGAAGAUUUCUUGAAGCAGAGAUCUGAAAAGGAGGCCGAUGAGGCGAGAAAGGAGCAAAUAAGGCUGGAGGGUGGAGCUGAGGAUGACAGGAUGACGUGGACGGGCAAACGGGUUCGCAGUGAUGGGAAAGCCUUCCCCGAGACGACUGGAAGCAGCGUUGGGAAGUAUCUAGCGCAAGCUGCAGCUACGAACGACGAUGAGCCGGCUGCAUUGACGCCUGAAGAUGAAAUGCCUCCGCCGACCAAGAAGUCAAAAAAAGCAGGUGGGGGUUUCGGUGAUUUUUCUGGAUGGUGA